AAUAAUUAUUCGUUUAUUUUAAUGUAAGCUAAAUUAGGCUUUAGGCGUUCACAUUUCACAGUUCACGGUUUCCCGUCGCCGUGGUCUAUAUAUGUUUCACAAACCACAGGACUUGCUCAAGCGCACGCCACCCGAUGGAAUAAACCGGCCAGAGUUCCUGAAACAGCUCGUUCAGGAGUUCCGAAAAACCAACAGUGCGGACUCAAAGCUUCAAGUAUUAGCUAACCUCGCUAACUUUGCAUACGAUCCUGUCAAUUAUCAGCACAUACGUACUCAGAAGGUAAUCGAUUUGUUCAUAGAACAGUUGGCUUCAGACAACAACCAACUGAUAGCAUUUGCAGCAGCUGGCCUCUGUAAUCUAGUCAAUGAUCCUGCCAAUAAAGAUUAUGUUAUUGGGAAUGGCGGUAUCCAGAAUAUAGAAAAAAAUUUGAGUAAAGCUGAUGACAAUAUAAUACUUUCCUGUAUUACAACUCUUAUGUACUUGUAUGCACCAGAAAUAAAAACAUAGAUGAUAUCAGUUGUUCUAUUAUUUCUAUAAUCUAUAUUAUA